CACACGCGACAUUUUCCGGACGGCUUUCGGGAGGAUUUCGCAUGGUUUCAGCAGCAUUUUUCCACCCGUGAAAACACCCGCGAAUCAAUUUCAUCACCAUGUCCCUUCGCCUCAACAUCUCGUCACUCGCGAGGGGUGUUCUGCUGAACAGACCACGAAUCUGGAGGAGUUUCACCACAAGAAGCACCCAAGACGGCUCCGAGUCCCCACAAUCAGGGAGCGCCAGCGGGGGUGGUUCUACAGUUAAUGUGCCAUCCCGCAAGAUUGUCACACCUCUGCCACCGCUGUCAGAGCCGGUGGCGGAUAUGCCGGAUGUGCAGUACGCCAGAGUGACUCCUGAGCAAAACACCACUCACGUUACGACCCUGUCCAAUGGACUCCGGGUGGCUUCCGAGAGCAGAUUCGGACAGUUUUGCACCAUCGGAGUGGUCAUAGACUCUGGGGCGCGAUAUGAAGUGGCAUAUCCCAAUGGAGUGUCUCAUUUCCUGGAGAAAUUGGCUUUCCAGUCCACAGAAAACUACCCCGACAAGGACAACAUUUUGAAGGAGCUGGAGAGACAUGGAGGCAUCUGCGAUUGCCAGAGCAGCCGGGACACGUUCAUCUACGCCGCCAGUGUGGACAGUCGUGGCCUGGAGAGCAUCACCAGAAUCCUCGCCGAUGUGGUGCUGAGACCCAGUCUGAAGGCGGACGAAAUUGACACAGCUCGUCAGACGAUUCUCUUCGAGUUGGAGUCUCUGAAGAUGCGUCCAGAGCAGGAUCUCAUACUCACGGACCUGAUCCACGCCGCCGCCUACAGAGACAACACUCUCGGCUUCCCCAAACUCUGUCCGGAAGCCAAUGCCGGCACCAUCGACAGAAACGUUCUGCUCAGCUACUUGAAGCUCCACCACACCCCAUCGCGGAUGGUCGUGGCUGGCGUUGGCGUGCCUCACGAUGACCUCGUGCGGCAUGUUGAGAAGUACUUCGUGAACAGCCCAACAACGUGGGGCAGCGAGGAUGCGAAAACAAGGGGUCCCACAGCUGUGGACACCUCCUUGGCACUGUACACUGGCGGCUCGAAGCUGGAGGAGUGCGAGAUUCCCAUUUACGCAGCUGCUGGUCUUCCUGAGCUGGCUCACGUGGUUGUGGGACUGGAAGGCUGCUCGCACAAAGACCCGGACUUCAUCGCGGCUUGCGUGCUCAACAUCAUGAUGGGUGGCGGAGGUUCCUUCUCGGCCGGAGGACCUGGCAAAGGGAUGUACACGCGUCUCUACACGAACGUCCUCAAUAGAUUCCACUGGAUGUAUAGCGCCACGGCCUUCAAUCAUGCCUACAACGACACAGGACUCUUCUGCAUUCACGCCAGCGCGCCCCCGUCGCAUGUGCGAGGCAUGGUGGAGGUGCUGACGAAGGAGCUGGUCACGAUGGCCACGGCUCCGGGAGAGCAGGAGCUCAGGCGCGCCAAGACGCAGCUGCAAUCGAUGCUGCUCAUGAACCUGGAAGCGAGGCCGGUGGUGUUUGAGGACAUUGGACGACAAGUGCUCUCCACGGGUCAGAGGAAGAGACCUGACGACUUCAUCCGCGAGAUUGAGCAAAUCCGCUCAGAGGACAUUAUGCGAUUCGCUAAAAGACUCCUCUCAUCCAGACCCGCCCUGGCAGCUCGUGGGGAGAUCAAAGGUAUUCCGAACACUGAUGAUAUUCAAUCGGGUCUGGCGCAUGGCGAAGGACGCCUGCCCAACAGUAAAAGACUUUCCCUCUUCCGAUAAUUCGCUAGCAAUCACAGUCCUUGGAAGGCGUUUGUUAAAUCUACGUGUAUAUAAAAUAAAGGAGAUUCAGUCAACUAUAA